AUGACAUGGGAACACAUCGACGACAACAUGAGAAAUGCCAUGGGAACACACAUCUACGACAACAUGAGAAAUGUUAAGGGACCACACAUCUACGCUAAGAUCAGAAAUGACAUGGGACCACACAUCUACGACAACAUGAGAAAUGACAUGGAACCACACAUCUACGACAGUGUGAAAAAUGACAUGGGACCACACAUCUACGCUAAGAUCAGAAAUGACAUGGGACCACACAUCUACAACAACAUGAGAAAUGUCAUGGGACCACACAGCUACGCUAAGAUCAGAAAUGACAUGGGACCACACAUCUACGACAACAUGAGAAAUGACAUGGAACCACACAUCUACGACAGUGUGAAAAAUGACAUGGGACCACACAUCGACGACAACAUGAGAAAUGACAUGGGAACACACAUCUACGACAACAUGAGAAAUGUCAAGGGACCACACAUCUACGACAGUGUGAAAAAUGACAUGGGACCACACAUCUACGACAACAUGAGAAAUGACAUGGGACCACACAUCUACGACAACAUGAGAAAUGUCAUGGGACUACACAUCUACGACAACAUGAGAAGUGACAUGGGACCACACAUCUACGCUAAGAUCAGAAAUGACAUGGGACCACACAGCUACGACAACAUGAGAAAUGUCAUGGGACAAUACAUCUAUGACAACAUGAGAAAUGACAUGAGGUCACACAUCUAUGACAACAUGAGAAAUGACAUGAGGUCACACAUCUACGACAACAUGAGAAAUGACAUGACGUCACACAUCUAUGACGACAUGAGAAAUGACAUGAAGUCACACAUCUAUGACAACAUGAGAAAUGACAUGAGGUCACACAUCUCUGACAACAUGAGAAAUGACAUGAGGUCACACAUCUACGACAACGUGAAAAUGACAUGGGACCACACAUCUACGACAACUUGA